GGAUUACCGGAUGAAGUGGUAAAUCGUGCCAAAACACAGACAUCGGACGUGGAGAUCAGCAAAUCUGGCAAUGAAUACACCAUUAAAACGGUGUCCCCUAACAGAACCUGGGAGAUUACGUUUGAGUUGGGCAAGGAGUUUGACGCACCACGUUUUGGGGGCACCACUGCCAAGAACCUGGGAGAUUACGUUUGAGUUGGGCAAGGAGUUUGACGCACCACGUUUUGGGGGCACCACUGCCAAGUCACUGGUGGUGGCGGACGGCAAUCGACUCAUUCAGACCGUUAAAGGGGAAAAGGAGUUGAAGAUUGUGCGCGAGUUUAAUGGUAACGAACUCCGGGCCACGUCUACUACCGGAUCGGUGACUGCCGUCACAACGUAUGCCAAACAAUAGAUGACAUCUAAAUCUCAAUCAUUGAUAAUAUGAGUAAUUUUGUUAAAAUUACUUUGAAUUUUUAAGUGAUUUAUAUUAAUUAAUAAUGUAAAGUAACAAC